GCAGCACGACUGCACGAGACAAGGGCAGAGUUGUCCAGAGAGUUGUCCAGAGAGACAAAGUUGUUCAUUAAUUAGCUCUUGCUAUUCAGAAUUUGGGAAGGUGGGAAGGUGGGGUCCAAGCAAUGAAGCCACAAACUACCUUGCAGGAAACCCGAAGAUACACGAGUCUCCUUAGCCGCCAGGCCACAGCAGAUCCUAUAUAACGGAGCUCAGGUGAUUCUGAGACAUGAUCGCAAGGCUUAAGGCCCCAAGACACCGCUAGCUUCUAUAGCGUCUAUCCUUGGGUAUCCUUGCCUAUGUUAGUACAUGCAGUACGUUUUCUCAUAAAAGUUGUGCUAGACAAACAUCCUAGCUAGAUCCCAGGAUUCAUUUCGCAGGAAUACAACAGAGAGGCGGACUUCGUUUGCUGCCUAUCCUGCAGUUGUUCGAAUCUCGAGGAAAAAUCACGAAUCAAGCGCUAUUCUCUGUGGAUAGUAUCUCCCAAAAUCAGAAAACUCUGAACGAGAAACUCCAAGCAUAGAAUCCCGCUGAGGUUCUGCAACCUCAGCGACCACGCAUAUGCGACCGUAAUUGCACUGUGUACAAACUAUCAAGCCUGACUAGCUGAAUUGGAGGUUCUUACAUCGAUUAAACUAUUCGUCCCUGCCGUCGCAUCUGAGCUGGAAGUCUCUCUCAGAUGCAGUCGAGCUGAGAUUGAAGACAUCACUUUGGCACCUUCAGAUUGAUCUUAAAUCUACAAAGCAGGUUCCGUUACUUCGCCCACAAGAGGCCGGCCUCGGAUACUGUGGCCAUGCAAAUUUUUGGAGCUUUUGACAAAGUUGUGGCAGAUCAUACCAAUGAAGCGUAUAAACGCGUAGACGCCUUGUGACAUCAAACUUGAGAUACAGCUUAUAGAGACGUUCUAUAUUCUGAAGAAGCACGACGCAAGAUUGUAGAACAUACAGCCAGCACCUGAGACACCCAAAGUACCGCUGCGUAAGCUGAAGAAACUGAAGGACAUACUUUUCUCUGGUAGCUUUUCCUACUCUGAGGCUGUUGGCAUUUCGAGUAACAGAUGAGUAUGGCUGCUAAAAGACCGUAUCUGACUGCCAGUCCUUGGCAUACCCUUCGGGGAUAUAAGUAUGUUGUAUUAGUACCAUUUUUAAUUAAAGCCAUCCACGCCAACUAUUUCGCGGGAAAUGAUGUCGACAAUUGGUGCUGGCACAUGCUCUUGGUGACUUUCCUUCGCCUGCUGCUUGCACAGCUGUGGAUGACUUUCUCUCGGAUGCACGGUAUUGUGAAAAAGUAUCAAAUACACGAGGGUGGUGUCACAUUUGAGCAAGUCGACCGAGAGUUCCAUUCGGAUGAUCAUAUGAUACUCGAAGUCCUGCUGGCGACGGCUGUACAUGUUUGGAUGCCGGGAUUUCGUUUUCUGCCUCUAUGGAAUACCAAAGGUCUGGUGACUAUUUUUUUCAUUCAUGCGGGUCCUACAGAGUUUGUGUAUUACUGGCUCCAUCGAUUUCUGCACACGGACUUUCUCUUCAAUAACUAUCAUCACUUCCAUCACCUGUCUGUGUACACAGAACCUGCCACUGCCGGAGUAAGCACUUUCUUGGAGCUUGUUCUCUAUGCUGGUAUCAAGGGUAUAGCCCUUUUGGGCACCAUCUUCACAGGAGGUGCAAGCAUCAGUAUGAUCUACAUUUACUGGAUGACUUUCGAUUUCCUGAAGAAUAUGGCACACUGCAACUGCGAAAUUGUUCCAGCUUGGGCCUUCCGCACUCUUCCCUUUUUGAAAUAUACGAUGAUCACACCUUCGUACCAUUCUCUACAUCAUACCGAGCCAGCGACCAACUUUUGUCUCUUCAUGCCUUUAUACGACCACUUGAACGGCACGGUGAACAAGAACAGCGACGAGCUUUACGAUCGCAUUACUGCAGGCCGACAGGAGACUGCACCGGAUUUUGUAUUUUUGCCGCACUGCGUGGACAUGUUGUCAGCGCUGCAAGUCACGUUCGUUUUACGCCAUACUGCUGCGCAUCCAUACUCCUCCCAGUGGUACCUGUGGUUCCUGCUGCCCAUCCCGAUUUUGUCAUGUAUUUGUAUGACAAUUUGGGGAAAGGUAUUCGUCGCUUACAAGUACUAUUUGAAUGACAUCGUCGGCCAAACAUGGGUCGUACCGAGAUUCGGAUUCCAGUACUUCAUACCUCAAGAAAUGAAAAACAUUAACUCAUUAAUCGAGUCCGCCAUUCUGGAAGCUGACAGGACGGGCGUGAAAGUGAUCAGCUUAGGAGCUUUGAACAAGAACGAAGCCUUGAACGGAGGAGGAGCGUUGUUUGUUCAAAAGCAUCCGGACUUGCGAGUGCGCGUUGUCCACGGGAAUACUUUAACCGCAGCCUGCAUACUGAAAGGACUUCCCGAAGGUGUGACCGAAGUAUUCAUGAAUGGUGCCACAUCGAAACUUGGUCGGGCCAUCGCUCUGUAUCUUGUCCGUCGUCGUGUCAAUGUCAUGAUGCUGACGAGCUCAAAAGAGAGAUUCGAUGCCAUAGUCCGGGAAGCUCCCACACAUCUACGCCACUAUUUUACCCUUGUGACCGAUUACCGGUCCGGCAAAAAUUGCAAGACUUGGAUCAUGGGCAAAUGGACCAGGAGCAGGGACCAACGAUGGGCACCCAAGGGUACCCACUUCCACCAAUUUGUGGUUCCUCCAGUUGCAUCCGCUCGCAAGGACUGCACUUACGGGAAGCUGGCAGCCAUGCGCAUGCCCCCUCAUGUGAAGGGUCUCUACAGCUGCGAGGUAACCUGCGAGAGGAAUGUGGUUCAUGCUUGUCACGCUGGUGGAUUGGUUCACUGCCUCGAGGGAUGGGCGCACCACGAAGUAGGUGGCAUUGAUGUGGAUCGCAUUGAUCUCGUUUGGGAGGCCGCUCUCAAACAUGGGUUUCUGCCGGUCUCGGCAGGCGAGGCGUAGCGUAGAUGCAUGUCUACGUGUACCAUGUAGACACCCCUCGAAGCUAGUUCAUGUUUCGGUCGGUUCAGAUUCCGUUGUGUACACCUCGGAGCUCUAGUACACUUGUUCAUCGAAUCUGGAGCUCGAGCAUGCAUGAGAAGCUUUGAUCACUCAAGACUGCCGGAUUUCACUGAGCGCAGGAGCAGCGCGAGCACGAGGGGAGCAUGGCUACUGUGCUCUCAAGAAGUUCAUCUUGCAUACUAGAACUUGAUGUACCCACCAAUUUCUCUGCAAACAUCUAAACCACAUGGCGAUGUGGCUAACAGAUAACAGCAGUCUGAUAAAGCGUGCAAGUUAUUGUAAAACCUUUGACUCGAGACCCGGCUCGAUGGAAAGUGCCUAGAAAAAUGGC